AUGGUCGCUAAACUGUUCAGUUUCGCUGCCGGGGUGCUUGCGUUAAGCGGGCUUGCCAGCGCCCAUGGCUCGCAUUCCAAUGACCAAGCUCCCUCGGAUGAUUGGGCCACGAGACACAUGAUCGAGGAACACCAUAUUGAAUCCUUCGACCCCACUUCAUUCUUCAUCCUCCACGACUACGAUGGCUCGGGGACAUGGACACCUGACGAAGUCCGCAAGACAUACGGCCUGAACGACGAAUCCAAUGCUGGUGUCAGCGAAGAAAAGAAACAAGAUGCUGUGCGCGCCGUGUUUGACAUUUUCGACCCUGGAAACACCGGGGCUAUUGACCGGGAGGAUUGGCUGGCGGGGAUUGCUGCGGGUCGACGGUUGCCCGAUCUCGGCUACGGCCCCGGACACCAUGGUGACCUCGAGUAUGAGUACGAGAUUCACCACUUUGAGAAGUAUCACGGCGACGAUACCACGGAGGCCGACUUGACUCACCCCGAAGAUAUUGAGCAUUUCCGUAAGCAUGACGAGGAGGAGGAUGCUGCUAUUGCCCUCGAAAAGCUGGAGCAGAUUCAAAUUGUUGAAAGCAAUAUUCCUCAGAAGUUCCGCCGGAAUUUCUAG